AUGUUGCGAUAUACAUUUUAUCUCUGCUUUUGGGUUUUGCUGGCUGAUACUUCAUCCCUUCAAAACGCUGUAUCACCAAAAAUAGUCUUCCAUGAAGCAAAUGACAGAAUUCUUAAUGGGGAAAAUGCAACAUUAGGACAGUUUCCUUGGCAGGUAGCCAUACUUAGUACUACCAACGACUCUGCAACGUGGUGCAGUGGCAGUUUGAUUAGCGAGGAUUGGGUACUAACGGCCGCACAUUGUGUUGAUGGAGCCAUCGUUGCUGACGUUUACGUAGGAGGUGUAGACCUAGAUGACGUAGCCGCAUUGGUGCUAGCUGACGAAUUUGUUGUACAUGAAGACUACGAUGCCUCUACUCUUGCCAACGACAUUGCUCUUGUGCAGCUUAGAACAGGAUUGGCAUUUAGCGACAUCAUAGCACCAAUUGCUUUGGCCUCUGAUCCCCUCGACGCUGGAGUGAACAUAACAGUCAGUGGGUUUGGGCAAACUUCUGACGAUGAUAUUGAGAGUAUUGAGUUUUUACACUUCAUUACCGUCACUACUAUUGAAAAUACAGAAUGCAGUGACAUUUACGAAGACGUUGUUAUACUUGAAGAAAUGGUGUGUGCCUCAGCCGGAACUGAUCCUUUUAAAAGUCCUUGCCCGGGAGAUAGUGGUGCACCUGGAGUAAUAAAUCUCGAUUCUGAUCCGUUUCUUGUAGCUAUAACGAUUUUUAGUAGUGAUACGGGAUGUGAAAGCGGAUAUCCUUCUGGAUAUACAAGAGUUGAUCAUUUCAGAGACUGGAUUCAAGAAAACAGCGGUGUAUAA